GAAGGAAUCGAGGAUCUGUUCACAGAAGUUCUGGCUGCCAUCUUGGCAUCACAACAAUCGAAAGUUUGUCUGACACGCAAUCGGGUUGGACGACCAAGACCGAAAGAUGCGUGUGAUAUUAUGUGA